UAAAAAUGUUACCCGCAGCUUAUCGUAAGAUUUUUUUAAAGAAGCUGCUCAUUAGCACAGUGGGAUUGUUUUUAAUUCUCUAUAUAGUACGUUUUCAAGUGCCAAAGUUGAACAAGAUCAAAACGAAAAGUGUCCCCGUUUAUUUUAAUCGGCCACGUUUGCAGCUCGAACAAAAUGGCGAUUACUGGAUCUAUAAUAACUUUAUGCGGUCCUCGAGCGCCGAUUUGAGGGGCAACAUGAGUAUAACCCUGACAACACAUGGCACGUAUAGGGACUUCAAACAUAUGAAGUGGCUGCUAGUUCGAUGGAGUGCUCCGAUUAGCAUGGCUGUCUAUGUGAACAAGAAUGACUUUCAGGAGCUGCUGGACAGCCUCUACCACAUUAAGUAUUGCACGAUAUUCUCAGUGAGCUGGUUCCAUUGGGUCUCUCUGCAGUUGGUCUUCCAUGAUAAACAUAUGCCAGAGAUACUACAUCGCAUUAGCUCGGAGCAUCCUUACGGAUUCCGUUGCAAGCAAUUCAAUAAUAAUGAAACCAAAUAUAUGUUACCAUUGGCCAAUCACCGUCGUUAUACUGACUAUCCAUUGAAUCUGUUGAGGAAUGUGGCUCGUCUAAAUGCUCAAACCUAUUAUGUAUUUGCACUGGAGCCUGGAAUGUUGCCUACGCGGGGUUUUGUAAUGCAUUUUCUACAAUUUGUGCACCUGUAUCAAACGAAAAAGUCACGGAAAAGUAUCUACUGUUUGCCUGUCUUUCCGCCAAUCUUCGAAGAUGCAGAGUUGCCCAAAUAUAAAUCCGAUCUCAAGGACCGCUUGGAGCCCUGUCUAAAUGGCAGUAUUAUUUUGCCCCCAACUAAUAAUGCUCAGCUAAACAAGUUUCGUCAUUGGCUACUCAAUCCAGUGAUAGAUGGUGAUAUAGCCAUAUACAAAGUGUCCAAGCAGCCUCAAUAUUGUUCCGCCUACAUCAGCAGCAAUGCCUAUGAACCCCUCUAUGAUCAGCGCUACGAAAUAUUCUCUUCUGAUCCUAACUUUUUGCAGUUGGAUGUUCUCGUUAGCCUUGGCUUUGAUUUUGUUAUCUUGGAUGGCACCUUUGUCAUACGCCGGCACUCCAAUUGGCAAGCUGAUGCCUCCUCAGAUGUCCCCUACAGUUCACCCUCAGCCCAAAAGCUGAAGCGCCUAGACGAAUUAAUCAGAAUGAAUGCCUUGAUGUUGGGCAAUCCUUAUAGAGAGACAAACUAAGAGAUCAAGAUACUCGGACUUAGACUCGGACUCAGACUGGGACUCGGGGUCCAUAGCAUGGCACUUAAUCAAAUUGUCUGGUUGCUUCUUGACGCCUCUCGUUUUUGGCAGUGCAUUUUAUAUUCGUCUCUCGCGUCCUUCUUUCUAUUCUUUUUAAUGCCAUUAGCAGCGCACUAUUUCAGCGUCAUUUUUCAUUUUCCUUGGCAUUGCAAAUAGCCAUAAGAGCGAGAUAAGCAGCCAAUAUUUGAGUAUAUAAGUUGGAUUACAUAAUUGAAGAUAAAUCAGGCAGCUUUAUAGGCAUUUUUAGCGUAAAAUAGUAUUUGGUGCUCACGAGUUUAUCAGAAGAAUUAUAUAACAAA